AUGAUUGCACGAGCAAUCUCUGGAACCUUGACAAUCUUUAAAGAUGGAGGAAAAGUCUACAAAAUUUCGGUUCCGUCUGACUUUACAGCUAUCCGAAUCGCCGGCUUGCCACAGGAUACCAGAAUCGAGUACAUUGAGACAAUUCUAGCUAGACUCGACCUUGGCACAUAUGGAACUUGCAUUCGAAUUACUAGCAUUGGUACUCCGCCCUCCGUUCUUGCCUACCUGCGACUUGAAGAUUCCACCGUUGGCUCAGUUCUAAGCGAAAAAUUGGAGUCUGGUUGGAGAAAAUUUAAGAUGUACUCUGAAUUAAAGGCGAGCCUAGUCCCUACAAGUUUGCUUCCCGUCUCUGGAUUUUCAGGUGAAGUUGACUUCCAUGAAGUGUUUUUGAAUUGGUAUCGAUCUUCCAAGAUGGCCGUCCUGAAAUAUGCAAAUGAGGACGUCGCCAAUAUGAUAUGCAUCAACUUCAACAACGGCUACUACAGAGUUGUAGGAAAACAUUUAGCUUGCGACUCGCCUAUUGUCUCUCACAUCUUGACCGAUCAAAAACACAGAUUUCUAUGUAUCUUGAAGAAUGUACCGGUGUUUGCAGAAAAAGAGGACAUCUUAGGUGCGAUGGAUGAGAAACACCGACCUGAUGAAUUGGAAAUUGGCAGAGCGAGCUAUGAGGCAUCUGACGAAGAAUCUCGUGAAUGUAUCAAGAAAUUAUGCUCAGCCAUUGGCCCCGUAGAGUCUUGGGAUCCUGUACAAGAUCCGGCAGCCAAGAGAGUUAAAGUAAGGGUACGAUUUCAAGACGAGUCAGAUGCCCGAGAGGUGAUUGCACAAUUACACAAUAGAAACAUUGAGAUAUUGGGAAAGGGAAAAAUCAUGGCUCAACAAAUUAUUUCGACUCGUUUUAAAGUUGUCACAAAGAUAUACUCGGCUGUACAAUCGCAAGUUGAAGAUGAAAAGAAGGCACUGAUAGGGGCAUACCCAAGCACUGAUGUCGCGAAGAGGUUCACAACUUUAAAGAUUGACGGGAAGCCCGGAGAGAACUUUGCCAACGCCAAAAAUAAGCUGGAGAAGAUAUUGAUCGGUACGGUGGCUCUGGUAGGGGGUAAGCCAGUUUGGAACGACUACUUCAUGCAACCAAUUGGAUUGAUGAAGAUCAAGAGGGUUGCAAACGAUUGUAACAUUGUUAUUGAUCGAGACAGAACAAGACAACAACUUCGGCUUUAUGGUUUGCCCAGAGAUAUCGACAGCGCUCAACACACACUUCACAGAAUUGUCACAUCAGAAGUAGAAGGCUACGCUAUUAAGCUCACUCCAAGUGAUUUUUCGUGGGUAACAGGUGGCGGAUUUGAUCAAAUAGUAUCAAUUCUUGGAAAAGAUGUUGCUUCGAUUGAUAUAUUGUCGAAUCCAAAGAAGAUCUUACUUGCUGGGAAUUUCAAGAGCUACCACAUUGCCAUGGCAGUCUUAAAGUCCAGGAGUACUGCUGCUGGCAGGAUUGACAAGAUGGAGACAGGUGAAGAAAAAGACAACUGUAGUGUUUGCUGGUGUCCUGCUGAGUAUCCAAUCCGCACCAACUGUGGCCAUUUGUAUUGCCUUCAAUGCUUUGACCAUCUAUGCUCCUUGGCUAUACCUAGCGACCAAGAGCUAUCCAUCAAUUGUAAGGCUAUUAGAUGCGAUGUCGUCCUCUCCCUACAGGAAAUUGAGCAAAAUCUACCAUCCAAAAGUUUUCAGCAGCUGCUUAAUGCAUCGUUCACUUCGCAUAUUCGUCAUCAUCGCAAUGACUUUGAUUAUUGUCCAACUGAAGACUGCGAACAAGUAUACCGGGUCAAUACUCCCACCAAAUCUCGCACUUGUGCCAAAUGUCUCGUUGAGACCUGUAUCCCAUGUCAUGCGUCUCAUCAAGGCCAAACCUGUGCAGACUACAAAAACAAGAAGAAUGUUAGAGCUGAAGCACAUGCCAAGGAAGAAGAAAAAUGUGCUAAUAAUUUGAGAAUCAAAAAUGAAGGUUUGGAACAUGAGAAAGGUGUUGAAGAGGACUUGGUUAAGUUUCAUGUUCCUAAAGUAAAACGGGGAAUGGGUAUCCAUGGUACUCAGAUGCUUGGACGAAUCCAGCAGGAGCUUGGUGGAUGGUGA